AAAUAGGAACUAAAAUAUGCAUAUACGAGUCAGGUAUAAGGAAAUCACCGACUAUUUUGAAAACAGUUAAUUGCAAAGAAUGCUGUUAAAUUUGCUGGUUACUGCAGGAUAUUUUUUUUAAAGAUUUAAAUACAUCAACAGAGGACGUCAGAGGAUGUCCACAAUCUGUUGGUGACAAUGGAUGCUUUACACCGAUGCAAAAGUGACUUUUAUCGUUUGCCGGGCCUACGUGACGACCAAUUAAAAGCGGAUUUAUCAACUUCUUGUCCACCUUAUAUUGGCUGUCAACAGUUGCUUGUUAACGUAUCGGGCAAAGGACAUGUUCGACUGACGACACAGAGUUUCCUCGAACAUGCGAUGAAGAUUGCUCUGUCUCUUGAAUACACUACUACAUCGGACAGUAACAUUACCUUGUGCCCGCUGCAGAUAUUGUUACCAACUGGUUUUCGUAAGGACGACAUCGUGAUAUCUUCGGACGGUGAGAUUCGCUGCACUAUUGAAGAAACAUCUAGCCUGCCUGUAGAUAAACACACCAGACUACAUUCCGUAAACAACACUCGCUUAAUUGAUACAAACAUCAAAAGUACGGAAAAGGAAACUUACAUGAUUGCUGAAACAUUGAAAAUAUGUGACGAAAACACUGACCAGGAAGUAAAAACUGAACGGUAUACAUCUGAAACAUACACCCAAGGAGCUUGCAUUAGUUUCGAUAUUGACAAUGCAGACAAUGAAAUUGCAAACAACGCUGAUUUUACCGAUGGUGCGCAGAACAGAAAGGGUCACAAUAGAAACAGUAGUGACUACAUGUCCGUUUCGAACAGAAGCAAGGUCACGGAUUUGUGUCUUUCACAUAUUGACUGUAGAAAAAUUGCAGAGAAUAACAGCCAAGGCUUUGAUGUGUGUGACGGCUUAAUCAGUUUUGAAGAUAACUCUGUUGCUAAAGCUGAUAUCAAUUCAAAUAGAUUAGGAAUGGAACAUUCAUUGAACGAUCUGAAUCGAAUAACACCGACAUCAACACAACCACAGAAUCACAGAUCAUCCACUUCAUCAAAUGAAACUGACACCGCCAGAAAGUUAUCAGGUGGCCAGGCAAAGGAGAAGACCUCAAUUGUUGCAAACAUGAAACAAUCCAUCCAGAAGGGUUUCACUAAACUGCUUGAUGAACUGGACGUAAUGGAUCUGUGUGACCAUCUGUACGAGAGUGCGGUGGUUGACUUCAAGUUUUACAGUACGAUGUUUGAGCUGCACUUCAGUCGCCGACAUGUCAGAGACAUCUCACGGUACCUGUUGCUCCAUCUGUCCAGGAUAGGUGUCUGCAAAGACCGAAUGAUUGACGCGCUAUAUGGCUCGGCGGAGUAUAGAUUUAUACCAGUAUUCUUUCCUGAGGAGAAAAUAUGAGUCUCUUUCAGUUUAUUAAAUUGAUCAUUGGGAAGGAACCAUGAAUUCCAAUCUCAAUUGUUGGAAAAUAACACGCAGUUUUAAAUAAUUGCCGAAAUGGAUAGAGGGGCUUACUGAAAAAAAAAACGAUUAUAAAAUAACUAGAUUAUUAGAUACAACCAUUGAUCGCAUACUAAAGCUUAUACACAUAAAGAAAAUGGUUAUAAAUAAAAAGUACUGCGUAAUAUCGUAUCGCUACACAAUAAAUCUAUAUACAACAUGUUCGUACUGUAGGAAAUGUGAAAGUGAACUUUUCAGUUUUUGUUUGACUCAGACAUUUGUUCGUAAGUCUAGAUUAUUUUAAUUGAAUUUAAUUUUAUUGUAUAUUUUUAAUUUCACGCUAUUGUUAUUAUUACGAUUC